CAUCCAGGUCUUUAUUAGUGCACAUGAUUCCUCUUCUUCCCCCUCCCCCAAGUAGUUGCAUUAUUUAAAUUCACACCACAUAUUUCCAUUGGACUAGAACGAGUUACAUAUUUUACACAAUUAUAACUUCUAGUAAGUUUGGAUUCAAAUACAUGGAACCACUUCAGGAGGGAAAUUCAUUAUUCAAACUAAUUGGGACCUGGCUGUACUAUGGAUGAUGUUCUCAAUGACUGAAGUAGGCAAAGAGUAAUGGCAGUAAUGGGGAAGUGGGAAAGGCUUCUUGAAGGUGGUGAAUUUCAAGAGAUGUAAUGUACUUAGAUUAGUAGAAAGGAAUAGAAAAGGGAGACUACCAUAUGAAAAGGCACAAACUGGAGUAAAAGAAUGUUGUUACUGGCUCUGAAUGGUUCAAGGAGAGGAGUGUGGUGAGGGAUUUCUAUUCUAACUGACAUCUUCUGCAUGCCUUAUUCUAUGCUAGGUACUCAGAGAGAUGCAGGAGGAAUGAAAGAUAUAGCCUCUGCGCUUGAAACACUACCUUCAGAGCUCCUCAUUGCUUACUAAAAGUUCAAAAUUCCUAUCCUGGUGUUCUAGGCCUUCACAGAUUGGGCCCCAACCUUCUUUUCUGGUCAUGUUUUCCAUUAUUCCUUUUUAUGUACUGUCCCCUCCAACUAAACUCAUUCUUGUUCUCUGACUCACUGCCUUUGUUUACACUGUCCCCUCUGCCUAUAAUGCCGAUCUCUUUCCCCCACUCCAUGUCUGUUAAAAUUCCUCCCCUUUUAAAACCCAGUUUAUUACUACAAUGCCUUCCUUGAUUUCCCAUUCCUCUUACACCAUCUGCCCCACAAAAAAAUCCCACCCUUGGAAAUAACUUCUCCUUCUGCUUUCUCAUAGCCAUUAUAUUCUAACUUGUCUUGUAUUUAUUUGUAUACCUAUCAUUUCCUCCCCCUCCCAACUAGAUUGUAAGCUCAUUGUUCAUAGGCAGAGGCCAUGUCUCUUUAAUAUUUGUAUUCACCAGAGUGCCUAGCACAAUGUCCUGCACAAAGCAGGGACUUAAUAAAUACUGAGUUGAAUCUAGGUAGGGGAAAAAACUAUUAAUGGAUGAAACAACUGAGACUUACGUAUAGGAUAAUCUAUAGGCAAAGAUAUUACAGGAAAUGUGGCACAAGCUGUAUGCUAAAGGGCUAAGAAAGAUGCAUUAUAGGAUACAGUGAACUUGGGGAGGUUUUGUAGACAUGAUGAGUAUUGAUUUGAUCUUCAAGAAGUCUAAGAAUUGAGUAGGUAGAGAAGAGAAUGAAGAGCUUUCUAGCUAGGCAGAAAGUAAGGUAGUAGGUGGAGUAACAGAUUAUUAAUAGAGCAGUUGUGUUUGGAGUCAGGAAGACCUGAGUGUAAAUCUUGCCUUAAACACCUUUAGUGACCUUAGAGGAGUCAGUCUCUCUGCACCUCUGCCAAAUGAAGGAGUUGGAUUCUAUGUCCCUUCUAGCUCUAAAUCUAUGAUCUGAUGAUGCUGUAAAAGGAGAAUGAGUAUUGAGGGCAAGGAAGCAGAAAGGAAGGCUGUAAAUAAAUUGUCUUUGCUUGAUUGGAAUGUAUGUAUUGGGGAGAGAGAAAGGUGGAUAGAGAUGGAGAAGAGAGCCAAUCAGUGGAGGGCUGUGAUAGCCAAGCUGUUUGGAUUUGAUGUUGGAGGCUAUAGGGAACCAUUAUAGGUUCUUGAGCAUAGGGUGACAUGAUGAAAGCAGUGUUCUAGGAAGGGUUAUCAGAUAGCAGCAUGGAAUGAGGGGAGACCAGAGACAGGGAAACUUGGUAAGGGGCUAUUGUAUCAAUAAAUUAUAAGUUAGGCUGCUAGGUUGGCAGCCCUGGGAAUAUUGAAGAAAGGUAAAAUUUGACUAAGGAAAGAUGAAUAGGUGCCAGAUUAGAUAAAAGAGGUGAUGGUGAAGAUGUCAAAUAGAUUUCUAGCACUGGUAUUGAGAGGAGGAUGUUGCCAUGGAAAGAAAUGGGGAAAGUAAGAAAGAGUAAGAAAUUCAGGUUAAAGAUUAGUUUUAUCUUAGGUCUGUUUAGUGUUAAGAGGUCUUUUGGGCUGCUGGGUAUGUAGGCCUAAAGUCCAAGUGAAAGACCAGAGAUGUAGAUAUGGAUUUGAAAGUCAUGGACAUUUACUCACAUACUUCUGCUUCCAAUGACCAUCUAAUGGAACAAAGGGGCAAUUCAAGUAGUAAAUCUAGGACAUUCAACAGGAUAGUGACUUCCCUUUCUUUUCUUCUUACUUUUCAGAUGUGCCCAGGACCCCCAGCCCAGGCCCAAAGCAAAGGCCUCCUGGGGGAACUGCCCUGACUUGAGGGGAACUCCAUGCGCCACGUGCAGGUGGAACCAACGCCAUCCCCUGAGCCUGGCCCCUCACAGCCCCCAGCUGGGCAGGGGGGCCGGAGGGGUGGGCUGCUCAUGGGCUUCAGCCAAGCAGGAGGGACUGUGUCCCAGGGAGUCUACCAGGUGUCUAUCUUCUCCCCUCUGGCCAGCCCUCCUGAACCCCGUAGGGCCCUGAAGCGGCCAGGACCCCCUACUGAAGGUGUCCGUGAGGCAAAGCGAGGUCCAGGAAUAGCGGGUAGGGAAGGACAGACCCUUGAAGAGCCAGCCACAGUAGGGCCUUUGGAUGCUGGGCUCAGCCUGGGGCUUGGAGGGGCAGGCCAGCACUUCUCACACCGUGGCCUCCAGGUUGUGGAACAUCGAGACAGCCCAAAUCCACCUAGGACUGCUGGGGCCUGGAUUUCCCCUGGGCCUCUAACACAUGCUUCCUAUAGCACUUUGCACACCAGAGACUGGGCCCCUCCAGGGCCUGGGGGAAAGGGGGGUUUGGGAAAGGAUGCCCCCGGGCCAGUGGCACCUUCUGGCCAGCUGCACAUGCUUGAUGCUGAUUUGCACAGUCUUGCACAGAAAGGAGAAAAGGACCCAGGACCUGAGAUGGGCAAUGGGAGCAGCCCCUGGCCUGGGGAACCCCCUGGCGCUGCCAAUGGACACAGCCCUGAGCAUACUCCCCCAGGCCCAGCCCCCCCAGGGCCCUGUCCUGCCAAGCGUCGGCUGCUCCCAGCUGCAGAGGCCCCUGAUGCCAACUCUGGAGAUGAGGGACCAGCCCCCCGAAGGCACAGGUCAGCUCCUUCUGGCCCUCCCCCAGCUGCCCGAAGUACUGAUGCCAAAGCUGCGCCAUUCUGGAACCACCUGCUGCCCAUAUCCAGGGAGCCAGUGCAGGGACUGGCAGACUGCAGUCCUACAGGGCGAAGGCUGAAAGGUGCCCGACGUCUAAAACUGAGCUCCCUGCGAAGCUUCCGGAAGGGGCCAGGCCUGCUGAUUUCUCCCAGCGCCCCCCCUGUUCCCACCUUUGCCGUCAGCCGAACCCUGCUAGGCAAUUUUGAGGAGUCAUUGCUUCGAGGUCGAUUUGUACCAUCUGGCCACAUUGAGGGCUUCACCGCUGAGAUCGGGGCCAGUGGUUCCUACUGUCCCCAGCACGUCACCCUGCCUGUUGCUGUCACCUUCUUUGAUGUCUCUGAGCAUAGUGCCCCUGCCCCCUUCCUGGGCGUCGUGGACCUGAACCCUCUGGGGAGGAAGGGCUAUAGCGUUCCCAAGGCGGGCACCGUUCAAGUGACCUUAUUUAACCCUAACCAGACGGUGGUGAAGAUGUUCCUUGUGACCUUCGACUUCUCGGACAUGCCUGCUGCCCAUGUGACCUUCCUUCGCCACCGACUCUUCCUGGUGCCUGUGGGUGAGGAGGGCAGUGUGAGCCCCACUCGCCGCCUCCUCUGCUACCUGCUGCACCUCAGGUUCCGGAGUUCUCGCUCUGGCCGGCUGUACCUACAUGGGGACAUCCGCCUCCUCUUCUCCCGCCGGAGCCUGGAACUAGACACAGGGCUCCCCUAUGAGCUGCAGGCCUUGACAGAGGCCCCCCAAAAUCCUCGUUAUUCACCUUUGCCCUGACUGCCCUGAUGAUUUUGGGCCUUUCCAAGGAUACUGGCUUACUCCAUCUUAGACUCAGUGGGCCUGAGGGGAGAGGCAGGUCCUCCAGGCCUGAAUUAAAGGGACAGCUAUACUCAAGGCUGAAGUAUUGACCAUUUGGUGUUUGAAACUCCUGUUCUCCAUCUUCCAGCUAAUUAAUGCCCUGCUCCAGGUUCACACACACUCUCUCCCCUCCCUUUCGGCUUCCCAGCCACUACCCUAGAUGGUGAAGAAGAGAAAUUUCCCUGAUGUCUGGAGUUGUAAGGGGUGGGGCCUUUUCCAUGUUCUGUAGACCUUGGGAACAUAGGCCUAUCACUCUUCACUCAGCUCUCCCUUCCCAUCUUGGGUAGGGGCCACCUCUUGCUUUAUUUAUUGUUAAUUUAUAAUUUAUUCAGUUGGGAUGGCUUUGUUGACCUCCAAAACCUGACAAUUGACAUUGCUCCACCCAUCUCAGAUACUCCCCUAACCUCUAGGUUUGAGCAGACUGAUCUCUAUUAAGGGGAAUAGCGCUGCCCUCUCUUGGUUAGGGGCAGUGAGGCUAGGAGGAAGAGGAGAGUAGAGCAGAAUGCUAUGGGGGUGGCCUUACUCCAUGUGCCUGAGGGCCAGAGUAGAGGUGUUAUCCUGAAGAGACUGGGUCAGUAGCCAAAGACCUAGUUUCCCUACUUCCUGUUCUCCCCUUCCUUGCCCCAUGACACCUGCCAGAAACCAAAUGUACGUGUGUUGAGAGUGUGUGUGUGUGUGUGUGUGUGUGUGUGUGUGUGUGUGUGUGUGUGUAAUAAUGAGGGUGAAGGUGGGCUCUAUACUCCAGUGUGCUCCUCCCCUCCAGCAUCUGCCUCUCCCACCCUUAGGGUCCUAAGUGAAGUGUGUGUGUGUGUGUGUGUGUGUGUGUUUGGGGGGGAGGGGUUGGGACAGAAGAGGCAUGGUUAGGGGAGCAGAGUCAGGGCCAAGAACUAGGGCUCUCCUCCUUCCCACCUCUUGCCUGGGGACUCUGACCCACCUACCUCACCUUGGGGGAGGAAUGGUCCCUGCACAUUUGUGUUGUGGUUGCUGUGGUUCCUGGCUGUCUGUUCCCCCUGGACUGUACCCUAUCCUGGACCCUGACCCAGCCCCAGCCCUGCCUCCUGGGGAUGAGUUUAGGGGAACAAGCAUUUGCAGAAACUUGAAAAUCAGAGGAAUAAAUUGUACCUGGUACUUUUCUUAAAAAAAAAAAAAGAAAAGAAAAAUUUAAUAAAUUUUUG